GCUCUCUCUCCCCUCUUUAGCAGGUGGCCAGUUGAUAAUCUCAGCGCACUUUCGUUGACUCUCCAGUCGAGCGCGCAACCCCGGAGUAUCCGCCAGUCCUCCUCUGCCUCCCAGGACCGGCGGGAGCCUCAGCAGUUAGCCAAAACCGAGCGGUACCACGAUGCUGGCUUCACCCCGGCGCAAGUGGGGCUCUACCGCUGCGCGUUUCCUCCUGGCGGUUCUUGCCAUCCAGAACUUCCAUUAUACCCUGGGCAAUGACAUCAUUGUGCAUAAGGAUCAACCCAAGAGAAGCAAGCAGUAUUGGGAUCCUUCCAGUAGUUUGCGUCCAUUGCGUCGCACAAAACGGAGAUGGGUGAUUACUACUCUUGAACUUGAAGAAGAAGACAAAGGCCCCUUCCCCAAAUUGAUUGGAGAGCUCUUCAACAAAGCAUCCCAAAAUACAUCCAUAAAAUAUUCAAUUAGUGGACCUGGUGUGGAUGAAUUUCCAGAAUAUGGAUUGUUUUCUAUCGAGGAUGAUGCCAACGGCCAUGUAUAUGUGCAUCAUUCUAUAGAUCGAGAGAGGACGCCAUCUUUUCCAAUACGUUUUGAUGUUCACGAUAGAAUGACUGGAGCAAUACUAGACAAUUCCUUGUUCUUCAACAUUCAGAUUAAGGAUAUAAAUGACAAUGCUCCUGAAUUUCUCCAAAAGGAAUUUAACGUUAAUAUAAAAGAAAAUCACAACAAAAAGGAACCUGUUUUCAAAGUCACAGCAGUGGAUAAGGACCAAGAAGGUCUUGAAAAUUCUCAAGUGGUAUUUUGCCUGGUCUCCCAAACCCCUGGCCUAAAGCCUCCUCUUUUCACCAUUGAUUCCACUAGUGGCUUAAUACACAUUACACAAUGCUUGGAUUAUGAGGCCAACAGGAAUUUCAAACUUGUGAUCAGGGCUUCAGACCGUGGAUCUCCAUCCUUGUCGUCCACUGCAACGAUCAAUAUUGCCGUGGAAGAUUCUAACAACAAUUUGCCUGUGUUCACUCAAGAAAAUUAUCAUGCAGAUGUCCCAGAAGGUAAAACCAAAGAUAAUAUCCUUCGCCUCAAGGUGGAAGACAAAGAUAGUCCUAAUACACCUGCUUGGAGAGCCAAGUAUACCAUAAAGAAAGGAAAUGAAAGAGGAAACUUUGCCAUUGUGACAGAUCCUAAAACUAAUGAAGGUGUUUUAAGUGUUAUCAAGCCUUUGGUUUAUAGUACACCUACUGAGAGAAGGCUUCUCAUUGUUGUGAAGAAUGAAGAGUCCUUCUUUAUAUGCCAGAGAGGCUUUGUGAGCAUGAUUGCUUCUCCACAAUUGUCUGAAGUGUCAGUGAGCAUUAACGUCACUGAUGAAAACGAUGCCCCUCAGUUCAAUCCUCCAAUUCUUAAGCUUUUUGAAGAAGAAGGGGUGAUGCCAGGAACCAGACUUGUACAAUACGAAGCUCAGGAUCCAGACACAGGACAGCACAAGAUGAAAUAUAAAGUAGUGUCAGAUCCAGCUGGUUGGGUGACGAUCGAUGAAAAUUCUGGAAUUGUGACAGCUGCAAAAACUCUUGACAGAGAAUCCCCAUUUGUGAACAACAACAUGUACACCAUUGUGAUUCAUGCCACUGAUGAUGGCGUUCCACCAUUAACUGGCACGGGUACCAUCCAACUUUUCCUUUCUGACCUGAAUGACAAUGCUCCAAUGCUAGUUACAACAUCCUUGACCAUCUGUGAGGGAAAUGGAAUGGGUCCUUUUCAUAUAGAAGCUGAGGACAAAGACUCCUCUCCGUAUGCAGAACCUUUUACGUUCCAAUUGGAAGAUGCCUCAGAGGGUACCGAAAAGCUCUGGAGACUGGGAGAGAGCUCUGAUAAUUCGGUUGAACUUUUUCUCCUGAAAAGUCUCCCUCCUGGUGAAUACUUUGUGCCUCUCCUUAUACGAGAUUUACAAGGGUUUUCCCGGCAACAGACUCUGGAUCUCCAGGUCUGCUCUUGUCCUGAUGGGAUCACUUGUGAGCAACGCACUUCAUUGAAAACUGCAUCACUGGGUCUCAGCGGUGGAGCAAUUGGCAUAAUUGUGGUUACAUUUCUAUUACUGUUAUUGGGCCUGGCUUUCCUAGUGUUGUGUUCCUGCACCUCUAACGUGGAGAAAACACCUGCAUUCAUUCCAUACGAAGCAGGCAACCAAUCCCUGAUCCACUACAAUGAAGAGAGUGAACAUGUUUUGAAUGACUCACCUGACUCAGGGAACCAAGCAACACCAUCCUCAGUGCAUGCAAAAAAUGUGAAGGAAAAACAACAAGUUCUUGAGAAUGUUUCUGCAGUGAUGCAAAUGAAACCCAUAGAAAACCACCAACAUCUUAAUGGAAAUGUAACUUCACCCUUCAACACUAUCACAGCUUGGAAUCAGCUGGAGCCUUUGAAUCAUCAGAACACUAAAAUAUACCAGGAAAAUCCACACGAGAAGAUUUCAGAAAUAGUAGCUGUUGCCUUGAAACAAAAAUGUGAAGACAUGGCCAACCUGGAGGAUAAUAGAGUUUCUUAUGUGCCACGUGUUUAUGCAAGGGAAGGAGUAUUGGAACCAAAUGAAUCUUCAUGGUCCCUUUCCAUCCUAGAAGAUGACAAAAACAGCCUGCCUGAAGAUUUCCUGGGUGUCUUGGAACCUGGAUUUAUUCCUCUUGCAAAAAUAUGCAGAAAAUGAUUGUCGUUUUUGGCCUCUUCUUAGCAAGAGUUUUCUAAAUUAAUUUAUAAAACAGGACUUCUUUUAUAUGAUAAAAAGUGCUCUAGAACCGGGGUUCCCAACCUGUGGGCUACCGGGCCACAGGCUAAUUGCCACUGGGCCACAUGAAUGCACAGCCCCACUCACGCGAGCCUCAUUCCGGGGGCCCAAGGCCCCACUCAUGCUAUCCUUGUUGCGGGCAUCCACGGCACCACUCAUGCUAUCCUCGUCAUGGGAGCUUGCGGUCCCGUUCACACAAGCGUCGGCAUGGACGUUGUAGGUGCACAUGUACACACACACACACAUA